GCCACACGCACUGUCACACCGCCCCCGUCUUCGCGAAACCGUCGCGAACAAACACCCAACCCCCCCACCCCACCCCGAAGACGACACAGCGAGCGAGCGGCGGCCGGAGCCGGUGGAAAUGGCGUCGAUGCAGAGCUGGCGCAAGGCGUACGGCGCCAUCAAGGACACCACCACCGUCAGCCUCGCCAACAUCAACUCCGACUUCAAGGAUCUGGAUGUGGCGAUCGUGAAGGCGACUAACCACGUGGAGUGCCCGCCCAAGGAGCGCCACCUGCGCAAGAUUGCUGCGGCGACGUCCAUCGCGAGGCCGCGGGCAGACAUCGCCUACUGCAUCCACGCGCUCUCCCGCCGUCUCUCCAAGACCCGGAAUUGGAUUGUAGCACUGAAGACACUUGUAGUGGUUCAUAGGCUUCUACGAGAGGGCGAUCCUACAUUUCGGGAAGAGCUUCUUAAUUUUACACAAAGGGGGAGGAUUCUGCAGCUCUCAAACUUCAAGGAUGACUCCAGUCCAAUUGCCUGGGACUGUUCUGCGUGGGUUCGCACAUAUGGUCAGUUUUUGGAGGAAAGACUGGAAUGCUUCAGGAUCCUGAAAUAUGAUGUUGAGGCUGAGCGUUUAUCCAAACAAGGCCAAGGUCCUGAAAAGGGACACAGUAGAACCAGAGACCUAGAUUCCCAGGACCUGUUAGAGCAGUUGCCAGCUUUGCAGCAGUUACUGUAUCGGCUUGUUGGAUGUCGGCCAGAAGGAGCUGCAAAUAACAACUACUUGGUGCAAUAUGCUCUAGCUUUGGUGCUAAAAGAGAGUUUCAAAAUUUAUUGUGCGAUAAAUGAUGGAAUUAUUAACCUUGUCGAUAAGUUUUUUGAGAUGGCAAGACAUGAAGCACUUAAGGCCCUUGAAAUUUACAGGAGGGCUGGCCAACAGGCAGGGAAUCUAUCAGACUUUUAUGAAAAUUGUAGGGGUCUAGAACUUGCAAGGAAUUUUCAGUUUCCUACUCUGCGGGAGCCACCACAAACAUUUCUUGUGACCAUGGAGGAGUAUGUGAGGGACGCUCCACGUAUGGUUCCGGUUCGAGAGCCACUGGAAUUUCCCGAGAGGCUUCUCCUUACAUAUAAACCUGAAGAAUCAGAGGAAGUUCCUGAACCCGAUCCUGUUGAAGAGGAAAGGCCACCAGUUGAAGAACCUGUUCCAGUACAGCCCAUCCCUGAAGUUGUUUCACCUCCUACCAAGCCUGUUGUCGCUGAUACUGGUGAUCUCUUGGGCUUAAAUGACCCGAGCCCUGGUGUAUCAGCAAUAGAGGAGAGCAAUGCUCUUGCCUUGGCCAUAGUUACAUCAGACGCAAGCACUUCAACAACUGGCAGCACUGCUUGGCAAGAUAAAGGAUUUGAUCCAACAGGAUGGGAACUCGCCCUUGUUACUGCUCCAAGUAACACAAAUUCAUCUGCUACAGAUAGUCAAUUGGGUGGUGGACUUGACAAGCUCAUCUUGGACAGCCUUUAUGAUGAGGGGGCCUACAGGCAGUCACAACAACAGCAGUUAUACGGUUCAUCAGCUCCCAACCCAUUCAUGACAAGCGAUCCUUUCGCGAUGUCGAAUCACGUCGCUGCCCCGUCGUCAGUUCAAAUGGCUGCCAUGUCUCAGCAGCAGCAGCAGAUACCGACGAUGAUCCAUCAGAAUCCCUUCGGACCACCAAUUCAGCCGCAGCAUCCGGGCGCUGGCCCUGCAGCAGUAAACCCAUUCCUGGAUAGUGGCUUCGGCGCGUUCCCGGCGGCAAAUAACUCGCAACAGCAAGCCAACCCAUUUGGUGGUAGCCUUCUAUAGGCGAGGAGCUAAUAGUAUACCCCGAGCAAAUGCGAUUUUCGUGUGACUGUAAUAUGCAUUGCGCCUGGCUCUAUUCAUGUAUGUCAAAAAUCUGUGUAACGAUAUGUGUAUUCGCUUCGGCACACGGGACUCUGCCAAGUGACCCUUGCUUGUAAAGAAACGUAGCGGCCUGUGUAACAUCGAUAUAUGUCAAUAAAUAGUACUAGGACGUUGGCUAUAUAACAAACGGCGAGUAUUUCGCUCGUUCUUGUAGUGGCUGUUUAAUUGCCAUCUCCCACAUUCUUUGGCUAUGCCCAUGUUAACAUGUUA